UCUCUCUCUCUCUCUCUCUCUGCAAAACACCUUAAACCUAGACGAACCUCAAUCUCAAUGUCGGACAACGAGAGCUAUGACUCUGAUGCUCCAGAAGAAUUUACGGCAGAGCAGGGAAUACAGCAAGACGAAGUAAUAACCAAAGUUCAGAAGGAGAAUAAGGCUAGAGUUGUUCGUGAAGGAAAAGAACGCCGUAGAUUAUGGGCGCAAAGGAAAACACCAAGGCCUUCUCAAAAGGUUGAAAGUGUACAUAGCCAAGAUGUGUCCGAGACUGAAACACCAACUGAAUCUAGUGGCAGAGAGGGCAUGCUACCAAAUGAGAUUGUUCAGAUGCUGGCUUCUCGUGAGAAACAAGUGUUCUUAUCAGACUCUGAGGAUGAUAAGAAGACUCAAUUAAAGCGCACUUCCAAAAAGAAGAGAAAACCAAAAAGCUCGGGGGUGGAUACUGUUUUGUUGAACGAGAUACCACCUGCUCAAUGCUUACAGAAUUCGUUGGAGUUCUUGAAGAAAAGGAAAAUGCAAGUACCGAGAUCUAAUGCAGUGUUGAAAAACUCCCACAAAGCAUUGCGCCUCCUUUCUUCCUCUGGCUUGUUAAAGUAAAAACUGAACAAAACAACUGAUGUAUGUCGUUUUGAAAUUUUUUUUUUUCUUUUUUGUCCUUGUGUUUAUUGUUAGACUGUUAUAUCCAAAAAAAAAAAA